UCUCUAUACUAUCGCUGCCACCAGUCAAAACUUCACACUGUGUAAGGCGACUACAGCCAUGCAUGGAGCUAGGGCCUAAUCGUGACCUAUCGAACUACAGACAGGUGACCUUAUGUUUACGCGAAUGGCCGUGAUAGAGCAGACGAAAUUAUACCCUAUUAAUUGUUUUGUUUGUUUGUCAUCAGGUAAUUCCAUUUCUUUUAAAUUGUCUGGCAGGAAGUGUGUCGAGGAUAAUAUUCUUGCAAAACUGUGUUUUCUGUUGGAUGCCGAGACAGUUUCUUUGCUGCAUCACCACGAAGCUGGUUUGUGUAGAAACUGUUUCAUAAAAAUAAAUAACUUUAUGAAAUUUAAGGAUGGAUUGCAAACCAGCGUGAAGAAAUAUAUUUGCAGAGAUAACAAAAUCAAAAGGCAUUCACUAUUGACGGAUUGUUCCACACCUGACAGCAAGCGGCAAUCAAUUGCAUGCGAGGUUGAGGAUAUUUCAGGUGAGCGUUCCCGUACAUGAGAAAAUAUGAAACUUUUUUUCAUGCCCCUAACCUCCUUCUCAACAGCCCAUCCGAUGUUCCUUAUCUUGAGUUGUUUACUGCUGUUUGUUGUCACUAUCAUUCUAACCGGAAAUGAGUAGACUAGUCUGUUUAUUAGACAUAAUACGUAAUAAUGAUAAUAAUAAUAUUUAUUUAUUUUAUUCAUGGUUAAACUAAGUGCUGUUAGGAGAUCUUUUGGGACCCUUAAAUAGAUUUUCUUGCUUUAUUGCAUAUGUCUCAUUUGAUAAAUCAACUUUGAAACCUCAAGCACACAUUUGGAAUUGUGAUUCAUCUGUUGCAAAGAAUUUUAACUAAGCAUGAGGUAGAAGCUAAAAUAUUUGCAAAACAUAUUAUUGCAUUGCUGGAGCUCAACAUCCUCUGAUGGCUAAAGCAAGACCGACUGGUAUUGCUUUCAUCGUCAUUUACAAGUUUAACAUUGACCUUUCCACGUGCAAAAAGAAUGCCACAAGUUACACUGAAAACAAGAGAAGUUCACCUGCUUCCCAUAAUGAAGAAUCAGAUGCAUCAUCUUUUUCUGUGCAAAAAGAAGCUGAACACAUUUAUGCAGCCUCACCGUGUACCAAAAUCUGUUCUAAUGGGACAGGACCCGUUGAAAAACCAAAGGCUGCAGUUGGUGAACACAACUAUUGUUUGGAUUUGCCACCAAAACAAAAGCUACCAUCUACAUUUUCAACUCAUGAGUCAUUUGCUGAAGUUGGGAAACAGCCACAGCAGACAUAUUUACAUGGACUAAUGCAAGCAGUUGCAUCUGAGGACUUGGAGCAAGUUGUGACCUUACUUUUGUCCCACCCCAGUUCAAGAAAUAAAAUAAACGAGAGAGUGAUACAGCAGCUACAGUCAGACUGUCAAGAGCUAUCAUCAUUAUCAUCUCCAUCGGUUCUCAGGGAGCAAUCAAGUCUGCAGAAUCUUACAGAUAGCCAUGACUUUAUAGGUCAGGUAUUUCAGGAGAUGAAAGAAAGGGCACCAUUCUUGUUGGCUGUAAUGUCCACUGUAACUGGAUGUAUGGAUGGUGAAAUUCCACUCAAUAAAGUGGCUGCAAUAACGUCAUCAUACUCCAUACUGAUGCGUAUGCGAAACAUCCAUCUAACAGCAUGGCAUAAGAUGGUGGGAUGCAUUCUCAUAAGAGGACAUUUAGAAGAUCAGAGUAUGGUACUACUGAGCAACAUUGGAUUGUGCCAAUCCCCAACUACCAAACUCCGAAUGAUGGCCCAGGCAGUGACUCAAACAAAGCUUAACAUUGUUCGAUCAUUACAAUGUAAUCCAUUGAUCAAGAUCACUGGAGACAAUUUGGAUGUCUAUAUCAGGUCAUCUAAAGUAGGAUCAACUAAAAAUGACAACAAGGAUCUUCACAUGUUUGCAUCAAACAUCAUUUUCUCCAAGUUUGCUGACAUUAACUUGAGCACUUCACCACCACCUCUAUCCUCUACAUGCAUCAACGCAUCUGAUGUCCUCCCGAAUGAAGACACUUUGAACAAGUUAUCCUCAGCUUAUAUUGUUCUCAUUGGCAGAAUACUGAAGGAUAUUCCAGCACUAUCAUGGCUCAACAUCCCAACACACAUUCCACACAGCCACAGUAAAACAGCAUCCAUGAAGACAGAGGUACAUCCCAUGCCACUGUUAUUCAGCAAUGAAGCCAAGUAUGAAGAAUGUGUGAAGAUUCUUGAUAGCUAUGAGGAUCAGUUGACAGAACUCUUUACAAGUGCACAUGGUGACCAAUCAGCGCUAAGGGAACUUCAUGUUCCAGUCGGUGGGGAUCAGCUCACCAGGGUAAGGCUUGAGGGUGCCAAGAGUCUCAGAGCACUUUCUCCUACACCUGCCAAAAGAUUUGAUGAUCUUGGACCAUUUGUUAUUGAAUGGUGGCACAACAAGCAGGACUUUUUGGAGAAGGCAUACAAGGCUUUGUUCAGCCCAAGGUCAAUUAGACAGCCAGGGACGCUAUACUUCUACAAAGCCAAGUUUAACAUGACAAAUGUUAAUGGAAAUGUUAAGAGGAAUUUUCAGUCUCAUCAUGACCUACUUGUUCAUGUUGGAAAAGCUGUUAUUGUGGAACAGGCACGUGAAUACUUUGGUAUCACUGAUGACAACAACACAGCUUUGAAGAAUAUUCCUGUUGAUGUUUUCAACCUGUCUUUGGAAGAGAAAACCACAGCGUCAGAGGCAGUUUUAAGAGCUUUCCUUGUCCACUAUGGAUACCUUGAUUUAACGUUCAAGGAUUCUUGUGAAAGAAUGUAUUUGAUUUUUCAUGUAAAUGCUGAUGGUACAGUGGUGGAAGAAAAGUCUCAGUUUGAACCUGAUGAAGUCUACAGUUAUUGCCAGCAACUAUCCCACUGGGCUCUCCAUUUAAUGGAGCUUGAUGACACAGCCAAAGAGGGAGACAGUGAUAGACUUAUCCAUAAUGCCAAGAUGAACAUUCCAUUCUUUUUUGCCCAUUCUUCACAGAGUAAAUAUUUUGUGGAGAAUAUUGACUUUCUCAUUAAAGUCUGCUACUUGCUCUCUCCAAUGAUGAAAGAACUUGUCCUUGACACAGCUUUCAUUAACACCAAGGGAGGAAUUUCAAAUUGUGUUGAGGCUGACCUAGUGCAGGAACACAGCGUAAAGAAUCAGAAGGCGCUCAUCAAACAACUUGGUGCCAACAAGACCAAAAACGCCAUGAUAACAGCAACAGGUGCAGCAAGUGCAAUAUUCAAAGUUUGUGACAACCUGAGGAUAUCUCUUGGAGUCAAACGACAGUCAACCAGACAUUCCAAAAGGAUUUGUAUUUCUCAGAUAGGGUCAAUUCAAAAAUCACUUAAUGAAUUGAGGCCAUUUCAUCAUUGUGCAGGAAGAAAGUGUCAUGGGUUUAAGGGCAUUGUAUCAUCCCCUUUCAGAAAGUUCACAAAAUCUAGUCUUUUCAUCAGAGUCCAAGAUAUUGUGUUCAGAUUGAUGAAAGGUGAUCAUAUUGACAUGGAUGACAGAUGUAAUCAGUCUGAUGAUACCAGUGAUUCGGUUGCUGCUGCUGAUGAUGGCGAUAGUGAUGAUGAACUUCCACCUGUGUAGUUGUGGCAGAGUGAUAUUUUGUAUAUACAACUUAUGUUAUAAUUCUAUUUUAGCCAUAGUUUUAUUAAAGGCGACUUUGCUUGUCGUAUAAGGCGACU